AUGGACGAUGAUUACGGCGACUUUGAUGAGUACAACGACGCCGCCGAUGACUGGGAGGCAGAAGCAGUCGAAGAAGAGGCACGUGAAAAGGAGAUCCUUGAACAAAAGGCCAUCAUUGAGGAACAGAAGGCGAAGAAACGAGUCAAGGCCCCUGCAAAGGUAAAGGAGGAAGAGGAGGAGGCACUUGCAGCGGACGUCGCAGCGGCGUUCCUUCAGAUGAAGGAAAAAGCCAGCAGUGCGGGGGAGGCGAUGAGCUUACUAGGGAAUACAGGCAAGAAUGCGUCCACGCUGAUUGCGGAUAUGCCUGUCCACACCAAAGAAGAAGCAAUGGCAGUUGGAGAAGCUAUUGCGAAUCGAUUGCUGACCUUCGCAAAGUCGCCACAUUUUAAUACGAUGCUUGCUGUGGUUUUUCAGGACUUUGCUCAGGAGUUUCGAACACGUGAAGCUGCAAAUAUUGAGGCGACACGAGUGCAUGUGUCCAGCGAGGCGCUAAAGAGGCGGGGCAAAAGGUCCCAAAAAGCAAAGGGGGCUAACCACAACGACGGCGCCGCAGCGACAGGCACCCCUGUCAACAAGGAGUUGGCUAAAGGAAAGGUGGAGGCUGAUGCGUUGGCUUUCGAUGCUGUCGUCGACGUUGGCGGUGCCGCCGGCGUUUCGAGGGAGGAAGAAGACUUCAUGUGA